CAGGAGAAGCAUGUAAAUCUGAUUCACAUCGAAUCUCGGAAGUCGAAGAGAAGGAACUCGGAGUUCGAGAUCUUCCUGGACUGCGACAGCAACAGAGAACAGCUGAAUGAGAUCAUCCAACUGCUCCGGCCGCACGUCAACCUGAUCACCAUGAAUCCGGCGGACAGCUUCUGCGUAUAUUUUUUUGUUCCAUGGUUUCCCACCAAGAUAGCCGAUCUGGAUAAAUGUGCAAACAGAGUUUUGAUGUACGGAUCUGACCUGGAUGCAGAUCAUCCUGGAUUCAAGGACAAUGUAUAUCGCAAGAGGCGGAAAUAUUUUGCAGAUGUCGCAAUGAAUUACAAACACGGGGUCCCCAUUCCUCGUAUUGAGUUUACAGAAGAAGAGGUAAAGACUUGGGGUACCGUCUUCCGGGAGCUCAAUAAGCUGUACCCAACGCACGCCUGCCGGGAGUACCUCAAGAACCUCCCCCUACUAAACAAACACUGCGGCUACCGCGAGGACAACAUACCGCAACUGGAGGACGUCUCCCACUUUCUGAAAGAGCGCACAGGUUUCAUCAUCCGCCCUGUGGCCGGGUACUUGUCUCCAAGGGAUUUCCUGGCUGGCUUAGCGUUCCGGGUAUUUCACUGCACGCAGUACGUCAGACACAGCUCCGACCCCCUCUACACUCCGGAACCUGACACCUGCCAUGAACUCCUUGGACACGUCCCCCCUCCUGGCUGA